CGUGCGGAGGCCGGUGCAGAUGUCAGGAGGCUCUGAGCAAAAGGCGUCUCCCAGCACGCAGGCUUGGAGGCGCAGAGCAUUGGGCAUCGCGUAGAGGCAGAUGAGGAACAAACUGGGGAGGGGUUCGAAACCCAAGAGGGUAAUCUGGAACGGCGCUUGGAACGUAGCACUGAAUUAUUGUGGAGUGAUGUGUUUCUCCUCUUCCCACACUCUUCAUUCCCCCGCUCACAAAAUCACCUUGGCGCUUUCCUGCGUAGCGGUAGGAAGCGGUCCCCCACAGCGCAGCAAAUAUCCCUGCGGGAAAACACUGCAAGGACCUUCUGCGUCGCUGCGUCUCGCUCCACCUCUGGCACGAGGAAUACACACUUCUCUGCAGCUUGUGCGCAGCAGAAGGGCUCUGUCCCCGGCCCCUUGGCGGUGCUGAAAGAUGACAGCAUCACGCUGCCGCCUGGAAGGGUUCCCGCCUAGGGGCAGAAGCUCUCGCUUAGAAACCUGCCUCCCUGCGCUGUUGUGGCUCUUGCCAAAACCUAGCGUGUGGCUUUGCUUGGCCGGCACCGAGUCUGCAGGGCUGGGCUGGUAAGCUGCAGAGCCCCCCAAAAGCCGCGGUGUUAUCGGCCGUUAAAGUUAUUAGAGGGAUGGCAUUGUGGGCAAGUGUGUGUGUCAUGUUUGUAUCAUCGGAUCAGAUGUUCCCAGCUAUCGUGAUCGACAGGCGAGGAGAAAUCCUCUCUGGAGAGAACGGGGGUAUUGACAGAUACCUGCUGUCUCUCUUUCGUGGUGAAUUUACAAUAAUGCCUGGUUCCGUCUCGCAAGUCUGAGAGCUGCUCCGUGAAGCCCGCAGUGCCUGCGAGUCCGGAGCCGCUGCGUUUGCCGCCGCGGGGCUCUCGGGGACGAUGCUUACAAAGCGUCCCUGUUCCCCGCCGGCGCAUAGGCAGCGGUGGUCUGGUUCUUCCCGCGGCACAGCUCUGCCUCUGCUUGUCCGCUGCAGCACCGUGGUACCCAGCGACCGGCCUUCAUGUGAGAGAUGGCGAAUGCCGAAGUGAGCGUCCCUGUGGGUGAUGUGGUGGUCGUACCAAGUGAGGGAAACGAAGGGGAGAACCCGGAGGAUACCAAAACCCAAGUGAUCUUACAGCUCCAGCCGGUGCAGCAAGGUUUGCUUAUCGAUGGACACUUUUACAACAGGAUUUACCAAGAGGGCUCUGAGGCCAGCGCCGCCGUAGUGGCUGUUGAAACGCACACCAUACACAAACUAGAAGAAGGGAUCGACCCCAGCACCAUUGAAACAAACGAGGAGAUCGAGAUUGCCUACCCCAUUACGUGUGGGGAGAGCAAAGCCAUCCUGCUUUGGAAAAAGUUCGUCUGUCCAGGAAUCAAUGUCAAGUGUGUAAAGUUCAACGACCAACUGAUCAGCCCAAAGCAUUUUGUUCACCUGGCUGGCAAGUCUACCCUAAAGGACUGGAAGAGAGCCAUUCGCCUUGGAGGAAUCAUGCUGAGGAAGAUGAUGGACUCGGGGCAAAUCGACUUCUACCAGCACGACAAAGUUUGCACCAACACCUGCCGAAGCACCAAGUUUGAUCUCCUGAUCAGCAGUGCCAGAGCACCAGUGCCAGGGCAGCAGAGCAUGGUGCAGACUCCCACAUCAGCUGACGGGAGCAUCACCCAGAUUGCGCUGUCGGAGGAGAGCAUGGAGGAGGGGAUCGAGUGGAACUCGGCACUGACAGCUGCCGUCACCAUGGCCACAGAGGAAGGCAUGAAAAAGGACGUGGAUGAGAUCUCGGAGGACACGCUGAUGUUCUGGAAGGGAAUAGCUGAUGUGGGACUGAUGGAAGAGGUCGUCUGCAACAUCCAGAAGGAGAUAGAAGAGGUGCUAAGAGGUGUUCAGCAAAGGCUGGGUCAGUCUCCCUUCCAAAUGACAGGGACUUCCCUUGCAGAUGCCGCAGUCUUGAAUAAUGUUGCUCACACAUUUGGCCUAAUGGACACAGUCAAGAAGGUAUUGGACAACAGGAAAAACCAGACAGAGCAAGGAGAAGAGCAGUUUCUUUACACUCUGGCAGACCUGGAGCGCCAGCUGGAGGAGCAGAAGAAACUCGCCAAGGACCAGAAGGCGAAGUCGCAGACCAUCCAGAAUGUGGUUCUGAUGCCCGUCAGUGCUCCCAAGCCCCCCAAGAGACCCCGCCUGCAGCGCCCUGCUUCCGCCACUGUCCUCAGUCCCUCCACCCCCAUCCAACAGCCUCAGUUCACGGUCAUCUCGCCCAUUGCUAUUGCACCCGUUGGACAGCAGUUCUCAGUGGGCAAUAUCCCGGUGGCAACCAUUAGCCAAGGCUCCAGCCCAGUGACUGUUCAUACCUUGCCAACUGGCUCCCAGCUCUUCCGAUAUGCCACCGUGGUGUCCUCCUCCAAGACCAGCUCCUCCGACACGGUGACCCUCCACCCGUCCUCCAGCCUGGCAUUGCUGAGCUCGGCAGCGAUGCAGGACAGCGGCGCCCUGGCGAAUGUGGCAGCUGUGGUGAACCCCGUGGAACUGGUGGCCAUGGAGUCCGGCCUCACCUCCACCAUCCAAGCCGUGGAGGGCACCUCGGACGACGGACAGACCAUCAUAGAGAUCGACCCAGCGCCAGAUCCUGAGGCAGAUACAGACGAUUCGGAGGGCAAAGCUGUGAUCCUGGAGACGGAGCUGAGGACUGAGGAGAAAGUGGUGGGAGAUGUGGACGACCAUCAGCACCAGGUCCAUAACGUGGAGAUUGUGGUCUUGGAGGACUAGCAGGGAAGGCGAGCAUCAGUUUGGGGAAGAGUUGGGGAUUUGUCUUAUUUUGGGGUUUUUUUGUUAAACGUUUUUUUCCAGCCACCCCAUUUGUUUCCAUGGAUAUUUUCAUUGUACAGUAUAUAAAAUAUAUAUAUAUAAAAAAUAUAUAUAAAAAAAUUUUUUUAACAAAAAAGGUGGAGAAACACGUGAGACCUGGAAAAGGCUCCGUCUCCGUGGAGCACUGAACAAUACCACCUGUUUGUAGGGUCAAGAAGAGACUGGAUCUCUGCUGAACAACCCACAGCAGGGAGGAACUGGGCAAGGGCUCCCAACGCUGAGAGCGCACGGUGGCACAGGCCACAUGCAUGGUGCUUCUGACCCAGGCCUGCCCACGGCUGGGACUAUUUUAUUUCAGAGAGACAAUAACCAGUGACUGGAGCAUUGACGUGAUUGUGGGAAGGGGGUGAUGGCUUUGGGGUGGAACAGGUACCUCAUUUGUAUUUUUAUUUUCCUCCAGGGAAGGAAUUUCUGUUGGACUCUUCACUGUCACCUCAGCUGAGAUUUUUUUUUUUUAAUUAUUUUUGCUUUGGGGAAGAAAA